UUCACUUGAGGCUCCUGGUGUUUUUCAGUCUGGUUUGAUUCUCUUGGUUGUCAAAUGAAAUGGAGCCAGACUCUGAAGAUAACCUGACCAGCAUCAACUUCCCUCAUGGAGAGAAAAGUGCAUUUACACAACUGGAGCACAACAUUGUGGCUGGAUACCUGAUCACUGCAGGGAUCAUCAGUUUGGCCAGUAACAUCGUAGUACUCCUGAUGUUUGUGAAGUUUAAGGAGCUCCGAAAUGCCACCAACUUCAUCAUCAUCAACCUGGCCUUCACUGAUAUAGGGGUGGCUGGCAUUGGAUAUCCCAUGUCGGCUGCUUCCGAUAUUCACGGGAGCUGGAAGUUUGGCUACACCGGCUGCCAGAUCUACGCAGCUCUAAACAUCUUCUUUGGUAUGGCCAGCAUCGGCCUGCUGACCGUCGUGGCCAUUGACCGCUACUUGACCAUCUGCAGGCCAGACAUAAGUCAGAAAAUGACACUCAGGUCAUACAACCUUCUUAUUCUAGCUGCCUGGCUCAAUGCAGUGUUUUGGUCUUCCAUGCCCCUAGUGGGUUGGGCAAGCUAUGCCCCAGAUCCAACAGGUGCCACAUGCACAGUCAACUGGAGGAAGAAUGAUGCGUCCUUCAUUUCAUACACCAUGGCCGUGAUUGCUGUUAACUUUGUGAUUCCACUCACUGUUAUGUUCUACUGCUACUACAACGUGUCUGUCAUGGUAAAGAGGUACAAGUCCACAGAUGGUUUAGACAAUAGCAACGCUACCUGGUCAGACCAGAUGGAUGUGACGAAGAUGUCAAUUGUGAUGAUCGUGAUGUUUCUGGUGGCCUGGUCUCCCUACGCCAUAGUGUGUCUGUGGGCAUCGUUCAGUGACCCCAAAACAAUCUCUGCCCCCAUGGCCAUCAUUGCUCCACUCUUUGCCAAGUCCUCCACCUUCUACAACCCCUGCAUUUAUGUCAUCGCCAACAAGAAAUUCAGAAGAGCCAUCCUAGGCAUGAUACGGUGUCAGAGCAGACAGCACAUUUCCAUUAGUGAGGUUGUCAUGACAACUCCACAGCCCCCACUGAGUCAGUAGAACUUGUCUAAGAUGAUUUCUAUAAUUGAAUGGACUGCUGUGGUUAUGUAGAAAGUCAAGCAAAGUGUGUCUGAAUGAAUGAGUUGAUUUCAAGCUCUUCUCUUCUGUUGCAUGAAUCAUUACAUUACAUUACAUUGUGUCAAUAAAGGGUGCUUGAAAUGUUGUGGAAGCUUGUAUCU